UGUGCUACUCACCCUCCAGUGUAUGCCUGGAAGGGUGAAACCGAUGAGGAGUACGUGUGGUGCAUUGAGCAGACGCUGUACUUCACGGAUGGCCCCCUCAACAUGAUUCUGGACGAUGGCGGUGACCUCACCAACCUUGUCCACACCAAGUACCCGCAGCUCCUGUCGGAUGCUGAGAGUGGGUCUGAGAUCUCAGGGCCUUGCCUGCCCACAUCACCCCCUUGCCCCAUCUCCUUUCAGAGCAAGUUUGACAACCUCUAUGGCUGCCGAGAGUCCCUCAUAGAUGGCAUCAAGCGGGCCACAGACGUGAUGAUUGCGGGCAAGGUGGCGGUGGUAGCGGGCUAUGGCGACGUGGGCAAGGGCUGUGCCCAGGCCCUGAGGGGUUUUGGGGCCCGCGUCAUCAUCACGGAGAUCGACCCCAUCAACGCACUGCAGGCUGCCAUGGAGGGCUAUGAGGUGACCACCAUGGAUGAGGCCUGUCAGGAGGGCAACAUCUUUGUCACCACCACGGGCUGUAUUGACAUCAUCCUCGGCCGGCACUUUGAGCAGAUGAAGGAUGAUGCCAUUGUGUGUAACAUUGGACACUUUGACGUGGAGAUUGAUGUCAAGUGGCUGAAUGAGAACGCUGUGCAGAAGGUGAACAUUAAGCCUCAGGUGGAUCGCUACUGGCUGAAAAAUGGGCGCCGCAUCAUCUUGCUGGCUGAGGGCCGGCUGGUCAACCUGGGCUGCGCCAUGGGCCACCCCAGCUUUGUGAUGAGCAACUCCUUCACCAACCAGGUGCUGGCGCAGAUCGAGCUGUGGACCCACCCAGACAAGUACUCUGUUGGGGUCCACUUCCUGCCCAAGAAGCUGGAUGAAGCAGUGGCUGAAGCCCACCUGGGCAAGUUGAACGUGAAGCUGACCAAGCUGACUGAGAAACAGGCCCAGUACCUGGGCAUGUCCCGUGAUGGCCCCUUCAAACCUGAUCACUACCGCUACUGAGAAUCAGGCCGGCCCUUAGCCUUCCAGCUGCUGCCCUGGCCCGGAUCCCACCUCUCCUCCCCAAGAACAGUGGCACCAACUUUGAGAUUGGUUUGUUAAUGUCCCCCAUCAACUCCCUGGGGCUGGUCACUCAGUCUUUGGCUUCUGCUGCACCUCUCAUACUCUUCUAAGUUUGGCAGGGGGAAUUGAGAAGCCCUGCCUCAAGCCCUGGUCAUGAUGGAGGUACACGGGAGAUACCCACAGGGAACCAUGAGCUCAGGGGUUUUGGAACUGCUCACUCAGUCAGUCCUCCUUUAGGCUGGAAGUCAGCAGUGGUGUUCACAAAGCCCAUCCACUUUACCAUCUAGGCCCUCACCUGGCUUAUGGACUUUAUACUCAUGUUCUUGGCUUACAGGUUCACUGGUUCCUCAGCCCAUGACAGAUGAGAAGGACCUAUAUCAAAGGGCAGGGAGGAACUGUUGGAGUUUGAGUGUUCCUAAGAGCUUGGCUUAGUGCUAGACAUUCUCUUAAACCUCAGAACAAUGAGCUUAGUACUUUCAGUCCCUAUUUUACAGGGGUUAGAAUGUACUGUUAAGGAAUAGCGAAGAAAGGAUAAGAAAAAUGACAGCCAGAGGUUGAGAAGGCCCAGAGAAACAUAAAAGCAGGCAUAGAUCUGCCACCACAUUGUAACAUGAUGGUUCCUAUCACAACCUUGGAUCAAAAAGAGAGUAAUUUGUUCUAUAAUGUUUAUGUAUGAUGUUUAUAAUGUUAAAAGAGAGCAGGAAAGUGGGUAAAUAAAGAUUUUGGUGCCUAAAA